UUUAAUUUCGAUUAUUAUAGUAAUCUAAGCUUCCGUGCGAUAAUGUCUAUUUCGUUAGUUUUAUUCUUGUUAUCGUUUUCCUAUAACGAUGCAGCUCGAAUACUGGCAGUAUUCCCAGUAGCAUCAAUCAGUCAUCAAGUAGUGUUCCGACCUCUCACUCAAGAACUUGCCAGGCGAGGACAUGAAGUCACGGUCAUCACAACAGAUCCUGCCUUCCCUGAAGGAGGAGCACCAGCUAAUCUUACAGAAAUUGACGUUCACUUCACUUACGAAUACAUGAGAAAAUUUUACAAAUUGUCUUCUUCUGCGAACGGCGAUGUUGUAAAUCAGAUGAAAUUCGCAUUUGAAAUGAUGACUGAAGCCUUUGAAGUUCAGAUGAAGAGUGAAGGUGUGCAAAAAUUAUUAAAGGAAGGAAAGUUCGACUUGCUUUUAGUAGAAGCUUACGUGCGACAGGCAUUGGUUCUGUCACAUGUUUUUAAAGUGCCAGUAAUCCAAGUAGCUUCAGCUGGACCAACGAAUUUCAAUCUAGACAGUUUUGGUACCGCUUGGCAUCCACUGCUGUACCCCCUUCCUUUUUCACAGCGCAUUUAUAACUUGACAAACUGGGAGAAGUUGACAGAAAUAUGGAAAUUCUAUCAACUGGAGGACUUAUUUAGGAAAUGCGGAGGUAUGGAAGAUGAGGCGAAUCGAAGGGUAUUUGGACCAAAUGUGCCGUCAGUAGCAGAGUUAGGGAAUAACGUAGAAAUGUUGUUUUUAAAUGUUCAUCCUUUUUGGGAAGACAAUCGUCCAGUUCCUCCUAGUGUUAUUUACACGGGUGGAUUACAUCAGAAGCCGGCGCAGGAACUACCGAAGGAUUUGAAGUCUUAUUUGGACUCUUCAAAGAACGGUGUAAUAUACAUCAGCUUUGGUACAAAUGUACAACCUUCACUGCUGCCUCCGGAGAGGGUACAAAUACUGGUCAAAGUAUUCUCCGAGCUACCUUACGACGUGCUGUGGAAGUGGAACAAAGAUGAGCUCCCCGGACGUACAAGCAAUAUUAAGAUAUCCAAGUGGCUGCCACAGGCGGAUCUUUUACGGCAUCCAAAAAUUAAACUCUUCAUAACACAAGGCGGUCUACAAUCAACGGAUGAAGCUAUAACAGCAGGAGUACCUCUAAUUGGUUUCCCAAUGUUAGGAGAUCAAUGGUACAAUGCAGAAAAAUAUGUGCAUCAUAAAAUAGGAAAACAGCUGGAUUUGGUAACAGUGACUGAAGAACAGUUUAAGAAUGCAAUAAAUACAGUUAUAGAGGAUAAAUCAUAUCGUCAAAAUAUGAAAAAUCUGAGAGAUUUGAUGCGUGAUCAGCCAAUGACACCGUUGAAGCGUGCGGUGUGGUGGACGGAGCACGUGCUGCGUCACGGCGGCGCGCGACAUCUGCGCUCUCCCGCCGCCAACAUGUCGUGGACGCAGUACUUAGAGCUAGAACUAGUUUUUACAGUAGUUGCGACUACCCUGAGCAGUCUUCUGUUAUUAGUAGUGCUCGUAAAUUACUCAUGGAAACAUUUUACCUCAGCCCCAAAACAUAAAAAAGUAAAGAAACAGUAAAGUAACUUUUUUGUAUACUAUGUAAA